UUCACAUACCCGACGUCUAUAUAAGCAAUAGCUGAGGCGGGACAAACAUCAAAGAGUUCAGCAGAUUAGAGAACUCAGUAGUCAAACCAAGAGAAAAAGAGAGGGACAAUGGAGGAAGCAAAGGGAGUGGUGAAGCACGUAUUGGUAGCCAAGUUCAAACAAGAAAUUUCGCAAGAAGAAACUGAGAAACUGAUUAAAGGGUAUGCAAAUCUCGUCAAUCUAAUCCCACCUAUGAAAGAGUUGCACUGGGGAACAGAAUUGGGCCUUGCGAACAUGGACCAGGGUUUCACUCAUUUAUUUGAAUCAACCUUCGAGAGUACAGAAGGUGUUGCAGAGUAUAUAGCUCAUCCUGCUCAUGUUGCAUUUGCCAAUAUCUUCUUGCCUGCUUUGGAGAAAUUUGUUCUGAUCGACUACAAGCCCACCAUUGUUCGCCUCUAAACUGUGAACCUUAUUGGUAUCAAUGGACUUUCAUCUUGCUAAUGGCUUUUUUUUU